AUGAACUGCGGCGGAGCGUGCGCUGUGCGGUGCAGCCGGUCGUGGAAGCCGAAGAUGUGCUUGAAGAUGUGCAUGGUGUGCUGCGGGAGGUGCAACUGCGUCCCUCCCGGCACCGGCGCGGACACCAGGGCCCUGUGCCCCUGCUACGCCAACAUGAAGAACCCUAAGGGCAAGUACAAGUGCCCGUAG